AUGGGCAUGCAACACGUACCAUCAUGGCUUCUCACCCUCUUCAUCACCCUGGUCUUGCUCAACACUUGUUCUGAGGCUUCUGAUGCGGAUAGACAGGUUCACAUUGUAUACCUGGGCCAACGUCUUCAAGAGGAUUUCUCGGCUGCAUCUCUCCACCUUGGCAUCCUUCAACAAGUCCUGAGUGGCAGCUCAGCAACAGAAUCCUUAGUAUACAGUUACAGGAGAAGUUUCAAUGGAUUUGCAGCGAAGCUAACCCAACAAGAGAUUGAGAAACUUGAAAGUAUGGAAGGUGUGGUUUCUAUCUUUCCAAGUCAGAAGAAGCAACUCCAUACGACGAGAUCAUGGGAUUUUAUGGGUUUCACCGAGACAGUUAAUAGAAGCCUAAAGUGGGAGAGUGAUGUGGUGGUGGGGGUGAUUGAUACCGGCAUUUGGCCGGAAUCUGCGAGCUUCAGUGAUGAAGGCUUUGGGCCACCUCCGAGUAAAUGGAAGGGGACUUGCCAAUCUUCUGCCAAUUUCACUUGCAACAAAAAGCUAAUUGGAGCUCGCUUUUACAAAGCUGACAAACAAUUCGACCCGAUCCUUGACGAUCCAUCCCCUCGAGACACCAUAGGACAUGGCACCCACACUGCCUCCACGGCUGCCGGCCGUGUCGUGUCGGACACUAGCCUCUUUGGCCUUGCACUCGGCAGCGCCCGAGGCGCUGUCCCCUCAGCUCGAAUUGCAGUUUACAAAGUGUGCUGGAGCGACGGUUGCUCAGAUGCUGAUAUGCUUGCUGCCUUUGAUGAUGCCAUAGCGGAUGGUGUGGAUGUCAUCUCCAUCUCGAUCGGGCACUCCAUACCGUUGGAUUAUUUCAUGGAUAGUUUAGCAAUUGGGUCAUUUCAUGCUAUGAAGGGUGGGAUUUUGACUUCGAUUUCGGCUGGGAAUGACGGGCCGUAUGCCGGGUCAGUGACUAAUGUGGCUCCAUGGACUUUGACUGUGGCCGCGAGCAGUACGGAUAGGAAGAUUAUAAACAAGGUGGCUUUAGGGGAUGGCGAAAUUCUUGUGGGAAGAGCGGUGAACACUUUCCAGCUUAAAGGGACUACCUUCCCUCUUAUAUAUGGAGGAGAUGCUCCAAAUACUUCAGCAGGCUAUUCUUCCCUAGAAUCAAUGUAUUGUUCACCCAAUACUUUGGACAGAGGAGUAGUGAAGGGAAAGAUUGUAUUAUGCGAUAUUAUUAACAAAGGAGAAGGAGCAUUGGAUGCUAAUGCACGGGGUAUGAUCAUGAGAUAUGAUGGGUACAAUGACUUGGCCUUCUCGUAUCCUUUGCCGGCAUCCCUUCUAAAUACCACUGAUGGUUCGAAGGUUUACAACUACUUGAAGAACUCGACCAGCAAUUCAAAGGUGAACAUACUAAAGAGUGAGAGCAUAAAGGAUUCUGAAGCUCCCACAGUGGUAUCAUUCUCUUCAAGAGGACCAAACCUCAUUACACCAGACAUUCUCAAGCCGGACUUGACUGCUCCUGGAGUUGAUAUUUUAGCUGCAUGGUCACCUGUUGCUUCCAUGUCAGUAUUUGAAGGGGACAAAAGAUCAGUGAAGUACAACAUAAUCUCUGGCACAUCCAUGUCGUGUCCUCAUGUGAGUGGUGCGGCUGCUUAUGUGAAAUCCUUCAACCCAACAUGGUCUCCUGCCGCCAUCAAGUCUGCACUCAUGACUACAGCAACUCCCAUGAGUCCUACAAAGAAUGAAGAUGCCGAGUUCGCCUAUGGUUCAGGCCAUAUUGAUCCAAUAAAAGCAGUCAAUCCUGGCUUAGUUUAUGAUGCCGGCGAAGUUGAUUAUGUAGGAAUGUUGUGUAACCAGGGAUAUAAUACAAGGACACUCAGGCUUGUGACUGGAGAUAAUAGCACCUGCUCAAAUGUUGCCAAUGGUACAGUUUUGGAUCUAAACUAUCCUUCAUUUGCAUACAAAGUCAGCAGUGGGGUGUCUUUCUCAGCCACUUUCUCAAGAACAGUUACAAAUGUCGGCGUGCCACCAUCAGUGUAUAACGCAUUCGUAAAUUCCGCAUCAGCAUUUACAGUCACUGUGGAACCAACCCAACUUUCAUUCAAAUCAAUAGGGGAGAAGAAAUCUUUCACUGUGAAAGUUGAAGGAUCAAUGGGAACAGCGGUUUCGGCAUCGCUAGUGUGGAGUGAUGGUGUUCACAGUGUCAGGAGCCCUAUAAUUGUCUAUGUUGGAUAUUCUUCUUCAGAGUCCAUUGAAGUUCAAGCCCCAGCACCAUCCCCUAACUAACCACAUCAUAUUCCUAGAGUUGCCAUUAUUAAAAAACUUCUCUUUGUAUUUUCUUAAGAAAUGACCC